AUGGCAAAAGUGGGUACCAAUGAAGAGUCGGUUGUCCACAAUCCACCUAGUGAACCGAAAGUGCCUUUCAUCAGGAGAAAACUAAUAAAGAUUCCAGUAGCAGUGAAUACAAUAAGUCGGAAACCAAAGGAGAAACCUAAACAAGAUUGCCAAAAUCAAGAAAACUCUAUUCCAAAUGAGAAUAAUGAUGAAAAAACUAAAGACAAUAUUGUUGGGGUAUCUUGUGGGGGUAAUAAUAAAAUAGAUGAUAGUAUUGAGAAAGUUCCUGUGGAAGAUUUAAUAGAAAUUAAUCAUAAUUUAGAUGAAACAGAUUUAACAUCACAAAACCCUAAUUCUUCUACACCUAAGGAAUGUGUUGGAACUGACAUAAAAAAAUCACCUGUUAUUCUCAACUCUAUUACUGCACAUUCAGAUACUGAAUACCCUCCACCACCACCAAGUCCAAAUAAAAUAAAUAGGACUAGAAUAAAGGCUGUACCCAGGUUAGAUUAUCGGAAAGCUAGUUUUAGUGCUAGUGAAUCUGAAGAUGAAAGUAGGAAGAAUAAUAGAAUCAGAAAUGAUUCAGUUUGUUCUACAACUUCUGCAAUUGCAGAAUCAGUCACAGAAUGCUUUUCUCCUCAAAGACCCAAAGAGGUACCAACUGCAGCACCAAAAAAAUGCAUACGUUCAGAACAAACAAGGAAACUUGCAGAGGCUAGGAGGGAAUUUCAACGAAAAUUUGGGCCAAAUAAACCAGAUAGACAUAAACUUACUAUGAUGGACCUAAUUUUUUAUAAUCCAGAAUCAAAUCAUAUGUUGGAAGGUGAUAAGAAAAUUGAAGACAACCCCAAAGAGGAAAUUGAUGUAGAUGAUCCAAAAACUGAAGUUAUUGAUCUGUCAGAUGAUACUUCUAAAAAUGAAAAGGAAAAUGAUGAGGAAAGUGCAGUGCCUGUUCCUCAAAUAAAAAUCGGACCAUCUGGUGAAAUCAUCAUUGAUGAACAGAGUUUAGUGAUUGAGAGGAAAGAGGUGAAAAAACAAAUUGAGGAAAUGGCAAAAACAAAAAUAGUUGAUGGUGAUUUUGACACAGGUUAUGGUAUCUAUAAAAAGCACAAAAGAUCGAAGAAAUGGAGUGAAUAUGAAACAAUUCGAUUUUACAAAGCUAUCAACAUAAUUGGAACAGAUUUCUCAUUGAUGUGUGAACUGUUUCCAAACCGAUCUCGCAGAGAACUCAAAAUGAAAUUCAAGAAGGAAGAGAAUUUGAAUAAAGGUCUGAUGAACAGGGCAGUAAUGCAUCCAGGUGAUUUUGAUUUUGACGAAUUGAAGAAUGAAGUGGAUUUAGAAGAAAAAGAAAUGCAGGAGAAGCUAAAACAAAAGGAAGAUGAGCUAAAACAAAGAGAAGCAGAUAGAAAAUUGACCAAGCAGAAGAUGGCCAGAAGAGCAGAAAAGAGGAAAAUCGCAGAAAAAGAGAAAGAAGCAAACUUCAAACUCAACAAACCGCCCAAACCGAAGCCGGAGCCCAGACCGCCCAAAAAAAUGAAGAAAUUCAAACGGGCCAGAAACGAUUCGUUUGUGGAGGACAGCGAUGCAGACGAAUCUGAUCUCGCCACUCACAGCGAAUCUGACGACGAGAUCGUCAUGCCUCAAGGUCCCACGAGGUCUGGCAGGAUGCCGAAAUCCGUGCGCAAGUACGACGACGACGACGAGGAGGAGCGCCUCGCGACCGUCGAGAGCGUGCUGUCGAGGGCGAGAGCGCCUGCGGCCGCUGCUCCGGCCACCGUCGAGCCCGGGUCGAUCAUGAUCGUGACCGAGACGGGGCCGAACGGCGAGCCGGUCUACAAGAUCUUCAUGGUGACGCCGGAUCACAACGCCAUGCCGGUGCAGCUGUCCACGGAUUUUGUCAGCAAGGCGCUCGAGCUGAAGAAAGGUGUGACAGCGAAAAAUAUCAUGACGAUAUCAGCUUCGGUAACCGAUGAUGAGACGGAGAAGCCUGUGGUGGAAAACAACAUAACCAUACCGGCCGACGAGAAUGUGACUACGCUGAAGAGCGAGUUGAGCGAGAGCGAGGAAAAGUAUAUCGUUGGUGGGCCUGGGAUUGGUAGCGAGGUAGAACUUUGAAUGUUUGAAUACCAUCACAAAGGAAUGAAUUCAUUUGGAGACUAAUAGUAUGAAUUUUGAAAAUUUUGAAUUCAUUAUCUCCAAGAAAUGUUGGGUAGGUUGCGUUCGGCUCAAUUUUUGAUUAACCCAAUUUUCGAUUCGCCCACCAUCUCCGAAUAUACCCGAACGAUGCGUUGUUGCCAAAUCUGAUUGAAGAAUCAUUCUGGGCUUAUCAUUAUUGAAUAUUCAAAUUUUUUGAUACACAUAAUAUGUAUGUAUGGUACAUAUUUCGAUUUGCUCAAAUUUCGAUUUACCCAAUAUUCGAUUCACCCAAAAAAUAUUCUUUUCUGCACAAGCAAGGAGAUAACCUUCUCCAAACUACCUAACCUAACCUACCUAACUCGGCCUAAACGGACGUUAUUCCUAGAAAGUAUAUUUUUCGCAUGCUUAAUUACUU